UGGUAGACAUUACGUGGAAACGAGUGGUGACAAUAGUAGGAAUAAGAGUGCAACUAUAUUAAAGAGAGGUGCCAUAAAAGCUCUGCCGUAUAAUGCAGCUGAGCCACCACCCGUCUCCUUUAAUUUCUUCUCUCUUUAUAUGAACUUAUUCACUCACUCUCAUCACAUCUCACCGGAAAACAAUGUCACUUUACACCGUCAAAGUCGAGGAUUCAAGAGCGGCAGCCGGAGACGUGCCGUCGGCAGGACCGGUUUAUAGGUGCAUUUAUGCCAAGGAUGGUCUUAUGGAGUUGCCUCCCGGUUAUGACUCUCCCUGGGACUUUUUCAGCGAAUCUGCAAAAAGAAACCCAAAGAACCCUGCGCUUGGUCGUCGUCAAAUCAUCGAUGGAAAGGCUGGUGGCUAUUCAUGGCUAUCAUAUCAAGAUGCCUACAAUUCUUCAAUCAGAAUUGCUUCCGCAAUCAGAAGUCGAUCUGUUAAUCCUGGAGAUCGGUGCGGCAUAUAUGGACCAAAUUGUCCAGAAUGGAUCAUUUCCAUGGAGGCUUGUAACAGCAAUGGCAUAACCUAUGUUCCUCUAUAUGAUACACUUGGUGCUAAUGCAGUUGAAUUCAUCAUCAACCAUGCAGAAAUCUCAUUAGUUUUUGUUCAAGAUAACAAAAUACCUGCUAUUCUAUCAUGUCUUCCAAAUUGUUCAUCAAAUCUAAAAACUAUUGUGAGCUUUGGGAAUAUCUCCGAAUCACAGAAGAAAGAAGCCAUGGAACAUGGUGUUGAUUGCUUCUCUUGGGAAGAAUUUGCUUCCAUGGGAAAUUUGGAAGAUGAACUGCCCGCAAAACAUAAAAAUGACAUAUGCACAAUAAUGUAUACAAGUGGCACGACCGGAGAACCAAAGGGUGUCAUACUAAGUAAUGUUGCUUUCAUGUCUGAAGUCUUGUCCAUGCAUCAAUUACUUGUAGAAACAGACAAACCGGGCACAGAAGAAGAUACCUACUUCUCUUUCCUUCCAUUAGCACAUAUAUUCGAUCAGAUCAUCGAGACAUAUUGCAUCUACAGUGGGGCCUCAAUAGGAUUUUGGCAAGCAGAUAUUAGAUAUUUGAUUGAGGACCUUCUUGUAUUAAAACCAACGAUAUUUUGUGGUGUUCCCAGAGUUUAUGACCGCAUUUAUACCGGUAUAAUGGCUAAGAUUUUAGCUGGAGGCACUGUAAAGAAGGCGUUAUUUGAUUUUGCAUACAACUAUAAAUUGAGAAACCUUGAAAAGGGAAUACAACAAGACAAAUCAGCUCCUCUGUUGGAUAAGCUAGUGUUUGAUAAGAUUAAACAAGGAUUUGGAGGACGGGUUCGUCUUAUGUUAUCUGGAGCCGCACCUUUGCCAAAACAUGUGGAAGAAUUUUUGAGGGUGACAUGUUGUACAGUCCUUUCACAAGGAUAUGGUCUCACAGAAAGCUGUGGUGGAUGCUUUACAUCCAUAGCAAAUGUGUACUCUAUGAUAGGAACUGUUGGUGUACCUAUGACAACCAUUGAGGCAAGACUAGAGUCAGUUCCAGAGAUGGGAUAUGAUGCGCUCAGCAGCGUGCCACGUGGUGAAAUUUGUCUCAGAGGAAACACAUUAUUUUCGGGGUAUCAUAAAAGAGAGGAUCUUACUAAAGAUGUCCUUGUCAAUGGCUGGUUCCAUACAGGUGAUAUUGGGGAAUGGCAAGCGGAUGGUGCAAUGAAAAUAAUUGAUAGGAAAAAGAAUAUAUUCAAGUUGUCACAAGGAGAAUAUGUCGCGGUGGAAAACAUUGAAAGCGCAUAUUCACGGUGCCCUCUGGUGACCGCGAUUUGGGUGUACGGCAAUAGUUUUGAAUCUUUUCUCGUAGCGGUUGUGGUCCCUGAUCGAAUGGCAAUUGAAGAAUGGGCAACAAAGAAUAAUGAAUCAGGAGACUAUAUUUCAUUGUGCAAGAAUCCAAAUGUUAGAAAAUAUGUUCUUGAUGAGCUUAAUUCUGAAGCUAAGAAUAACAAACUUCGUGGAUUUGAGAUGCUGAAAGCCGUUCAUCUAGAGCCUGUUCCAUUCGACUUUGAGAGAGAUUUGAUAACCCCAACAUUUAAACUGAAGAGGCAGCAACUUCUAAAAUACUACAAGGAUUGUAUUGAUAAACUAUAUGCUGAAGCAAAGGCAUCUAAGAAAUGAACGUUAAACACGCACCUUUCAUAUAAGUGUUCUCUGUUCUUGAUUUGUAGUUUUGUACGAAGUAAAUCCUUAGUUUAGUUUGGACCUCGUGUGUUAUGGUCUAGAGGGCUAAACCCUAAACCUUAUAUGUAUUUUAAACGAAUUAUGGUUUGUACUUUGUAAUCAUGAACUUGUGUUUUAUUUAAAACGUACACAAGUAUAAUUAAGUCUCA